AUGGCCCUCUCCAUCUCUGUGCUGCUGGCCCUGGUGAUGCUGGGCUCCAGCCCAGCCCGCUCUCUGGACUGUGUCCUGCAUCCAAGCCAUGGCAAUCUGGAAACCUUCACACUGUUGAGUCAGAUGGAGAGAAUCUCCAUUCUGUCCUGUCUGAAGGAUAGGACUGACUUCAGCUUUCCUCAGAUGCUUGUGGAUGGGAACAAGUUUGAGAAGACAGAAGCCACAGCUGUCACGCAUGAGAUGCUCCGGCAGAUCUUCAGCCUUUUCAGCCAAAGGGGCUCCCUGGUGGCUUGGGACGAGACCCUACUGGACAAAUUCCUCGCUGGACUUCAUCAGCAGCUGGAUGACCUGGAGACAUGUUUGGAGGAAGAAAAGAACAUGGAACAGUUACCCCAGGGAAGUGAGAACUCCAGACUGGCUGUGAAGAGAUACUUCCGUGGAAUCAGUCUCUAUCUUGAAAAGAAAGAAUACAGCCGCUGUGCCUGGGAGGUUGUCCGGGUGGAAAUCAGAAGGUGCUUGUUCUUCGUCAGUGAGCUCACAAGGAAACUCAGGAAAUAA